AUGGAGCGAAUAGAGAGCGAGCUGACCGACUUCCCAUAUCGAAAGCUUGCCUUUAUCCUCUGGCAGAGGGCCUUUGGGUGCGAAGCCUCGUCUCAGAUCGUGUUGUUUGCGUGGAGGCGUGUAUACGAGGCCCCCUUCUGCCUAGCGUCGCCACAACAGCAUCAUGUCGGCCAUUUGAUCAAAUGCCCCUCGUCUGUGCCGUCUCAAGUCAAUAAUUCGGACUUCCUUUUGCGUAUGCAUCCUCCCCUUGCCCUUCUGAUCAACCCCUCACUGUUGCCAUCGCCUUUAGGACACGACGAUCUCGCUAUUGUAGCCAUGGAAAAGGGCUCUCAGUUUCAGGCCAUCUGGAACCAGGCCAAAGAGCGAUACCGGACGCUGACGGAGAUUGACCUUGACAACCCCUCGGCGCCGCAUCCUGUCUCUACGACAGACCUCAUGGGUAUGCUGGACACCCAAAACCAGGAUUUCAAGCACUUUCGCGAGAAGCGCUCUCUGGUGUUUGACUCCUUGCAAGCCGCCUGCAAACCAAUCGAGCUGGUGGGCAACCUGGCCGCCGGGGCUGCUUCGAUGGCUUUCCCGCCCAGUUCGCUUUGCUUCGGCGCCGCCAUGUACCUCGUCAGCGCCGCCCACGGCGUGUCCGCCUCGUACGAUGCUAUAGCCGACCUGUUCGGCACGCUGAAAGAUUUCCUGGUGCGAUUACAGGUGUACAAUCGCGAGGACCUGCCGUCAGAGCUGCAGGCCAAGCUGGCGGAGAUCCUAGCCACCUUGCUGGAAAUCUUUGCGCGAUCGACAAAGGUAGUCCGAGCUGGAUCACUGGGUCGUGUGUUGGCUUUUGGCAAGAACAGUCUUCUAGGUCGGGAUGAAACUCUACAGGGGCUGGUCGGCAAGCUGGAGAAACAGUGCCAGAGCGAGCAUCGGCUGGUGGGCGCCGAAACGCUGACGGAGUCAAAAAGGACUGGCAAGGCCGUGGCCGGUAUCGCUGUGAGCGUGACCGAGACGAGUAUGGCCGUGAAAGAGGGUAUUGUCAAGAUUGACGAGGUGAGCCUGGGCGUGCAGAACAUCUCGAUGGGUCAGGAGGAGUUCCGCCAGGAGAUGCGCGAAGAAAUCAAAGGAGUCAUGUCGGCCAUCGUCUCAACCGGGGGAUCCGGCGGAGAGGACCUGCAGCACCAAGGCACGAUCAAGAGGAUUCUCGAGCCGUCGGUGAGCCCGCUGGAUAUAUACAAUGACAUCGCCAAGCGCCGUGUGCCGGGAACUGGCAAUUGGAUUCGCACGGAGCAGUUGUUUCGCGCCUGGACUGACCAGAAGAACCCUGUCCUGUGGGUGUCGGGCAACCCGGGAAGUGGCAAGAGCUUCCUCUCAGAGAAUAUCAUAUCGUUCCUGCAAGAGAUGCAUCCGCAGGGAGUCAACCACCCGUCCAGGACGUCGAUCGGGUAUUUUUUCUUCAAGGACAGCAACCCGGAGACCCGGAGCUUCCACCGGGCAUUGCGUGACCUGGCCUACCAGAUCUACCAGAAUGAUCCUCUGUAUCAAAAGUAUAUCCUGCAGAACUGCCACUCCUCGCAAGAUGUGAAAACCAUACAGAGCGCCUGGCGAACGCUGUUCCUCAACUACUUCACCGGCACCACCGCUGCGGAGAGCAGCGUAUUCCUCGUGUUUGACGGCGUAGAUGAAACCUUCCAAGAAGACCGUCAAACCUUUCUGGAGCUGCUUUCCGACCUUCGACGCGCGGACCCUCGUAGCAUGAAGAUUCACGUCGUGCUGGUAGGCCGACCGGAGAUCUUUGACGACCUCGCCGACGCACUUGACGAGUCGCUGCCUACGAUUCACGUGGACUGGCGCAAGAACAGCCGCGACAUCGCCCACUACGUUGAAACGAGUAUCAAGAAGUCGCGGGUGCUUAGCCGCGCCCCGAAAGCCCUGCGCGAAGAGAUCGAGGAAACACUGACCCAGAAUGCCCAGGGCAUGUUUGUGUGGGUCGACCUGAUGUUGCGAGAGCUGAGCAAGAAGACGCGGGCUAGCGGCAUUCAAGAGGCACUGACCAAAGCACCGCGAGGGUUGGACCAAAUGCUAUGCCAUGUCUUGGAAAAUUUCAGUGUGCUCCUGAAAGACGAAGAACCCGACGAUUUGAACGAGAUGUUGGCAUGGGUGACGUGCGCGCAGCGACCCCUCACCCUAGGCGAGCUCGACGCCCUCCUCAGAAUCCGUUCUGCCGAAGGUGAUGGUGUAUUUAAUCUAGAAAAUAUGCUGCGCAAGCAGUAUGCUUCGUUCUUCACGCUGGUUCGCGAGGAUGGGUUGACCACGGCAGAUCUGCAAGGCGACAGCAGCGGCUUGUACAAGGUAGAGAGCGAGCGGAUCAACGACGAGGGCCUGGAGGACAUCGAGAAUGAAACGGAUUUUGACUCCAGCCCCUCCACCACCAAUGUUGUGUUCUGUCAUGCGUCCAUUGGUGAUUUCUUCCGCGACUCAACGCGCGGCAAGGUGCCUGGCGGAGGCGAUUGCACCCCCCUCGGCGUACAAAUUGUCGAGGCCCGCGUUCACACGCUUAAGUUUUGUUUGGAAAUGGUAUGUGGUCUCAGAGCGCCGCUAGAUCCAGAAGAUAGCGAGUCCAUGGAGUCAUAUGCACUUAGUGCGUGGGACGAUCAUCUUCUGCAGGCGGUUCCGUUUAUCGAGCAGAUCGCCCCGUCUGACAAGCAAGCCAUUGCAUUAUUACUCGUGAAGAUGUUCCGAGAUGAGACGGUCACAAAAUGCUGGCUGUCCCACAAGCCCUCUGACUUUGUCACUCGCGACAGCUUGGAUCCCAUCGUUGCUUUCCUUACAGACCGAGCGAGUCGCGAGACCCUGGACGAUGAGACGAAAGAGUGGCUUUUAUGUGUUAUUGACCAACCCGGCGAGUUAUACAGAUCGGCAGCAACGCUGGCGGCGAAAGAAUGGCUGCGUGAGGACAACUGGGACCCCGAAGUGUGCGUGAAAACCGUAUUACAAGUGAUCAGAUUGCUGGACGAAACUGCUCAUGAUGACGUGUCGAAUGAGACACCCACCGUCGAAGAAAUCCGCAGAGCCGCCGAAUGGCUGCCACUCGAACAUUCUGCUAAUUGGCAUCGACGCCUGGCCAUGUGUCUCCGGGCUUACGGGUACUAUCAAGCGUCCAUUGACGAAUUUGCGAGAGCAUUGGAGGUCGACGACAAGCUCUGGACUGCCCGUGAGGGCAUGGCAAAAGCGUAUAUGAAGCAGAGAAAUUACGUACGAGCCUUAGAGAUGCUCAAGUUUGACGAAGCCUACGUGGAGGAUUUGCUUGCUGAGGAAAUAAUCACCCUGCUCAAAAGCCUUGAGACUGAGAUUGAGGGCGAGGACAUUACGCGCAUGACGGAAUCUGUAGCUCACAAAGCGGGCGAACUUGAAUGGCUUGAAAAUGCCUAUCAGACGGCCAUCAGCGCCGCUAAACGCCGAAGAUUACCCGUGCUUGCCUUGGCUUUGGACACUUGCCUCGCCGAGUUGUACAAUAAGUAUAGUGGCAAGGAAGAACAGGCUAUGGAUAUAUGGCAACGCAUCAUGGACUUCCCCGUCAUGUCAACGUCUGAUGCCAACUUUCAGAUUCGCUACUGCAAACGCAACGUCGAGAGUUCCUACUCGUAUAAUCUCUUUGCAAAGGCUCUCAAGGAAGAAGACUCCACCGCUCGAGACGCCUAUAUUCAAGCUUUGGAUGGGUUGGCCAAACAUACUGCGAUGGCAUUGGAGCAGAAACCGAGCGACAUUUUGGCUAAUAAUUCUGCUAUGUAUAUGGGCGUCUGGCAUCGUUUGCAGGGCCGUGACGACGAAGCCCGAACCUACUUCCGGCCUUACGUCAGAAGCAACCUGCUUCUACUCUCGGACGAUGACCCAGAAAAUGAUCAAACAGCCUGGUUUGAAUUGGCACAUGUACUUGCCCGUGCUGGCCUGGACUCAUACGCCUGUGCCAUUUUAUACACGCACCACAAUGUCAUUGAAGGUGAGCUGUCUAAUUUCGACAACAGCGAUGACAUAGAUGUUGAUGAGACCGUCUCAUUGUCGCCGAGAUCUACAUUGGACAAUCGCAUGGCGACGCCGUGGCAUUUCACUAGUGGAGACGGCGUCUGGUACUGCGAUGGAUGUCGACGGAGCUGGGGGAACUGGACUAAUGCACACGUUUGUCGUUACUGCCAGGCCGACCUAUGUAUAAAGUAUCCAGUCAGAUAG